AUGGCUGGUUUUGAUCUUCUUUCAGGAUCACCUCCUCGUGGAGGUCUUCUUCAAGCGCCUCUUCGUGCCACUGCAGACUCCCUCGGUGGUCAAGCUCAGAAUUCUCAUAUUCGCAACGGCCAAGGACGUCAGGCCAAUGGAACCCGCUUGAUCGGAUCUCCCAUCACUUCCAAUCAGACUAAUGGAUAUCCUGCCGCCAGCCUUGUUCAUGGAGCUGUGAUGGGUCGAAAUUCUCAGUACAUCAACCGCUAUCAGGAUAGAAGCAACAGCAUCAACGAAAUCUUGGAAAUGAAUUACAAUGACGAUGCAGACUUGCCUCGAGGCAUGGGUCAAAUUGGUGUCACUCACAGCAACGCCGCUCACACGGAGGGCUUUCGCGCCAUUACCAGCAACACCAACUUUCAACCUCGAGCUAGCUCAUCUUCUUCUAGCUUCGGCUCUUCAAGCACUGAUCCCUUCUCUGUUGGAUCCACAGCCCUUCCAACCAGUGUCGUUCAUGGUAUGACCGCCCACAAAGCUGAAGCUGCUGGAAAGAAUGAGGGCAAGGGCAAGGAGACGACUACAUAUUCUCCUCCUAGCUCUAUCUCUCCUGAUUGUUCUUCUGCCAACAACACCAGCUUCAACAUUGAGGCCCACGGCCAGAAGUUCAAUACCGAAGUUGAAACUUGCGAGGUGAGCGGACCUGGUUUCAAUCACUGGGCCAUUCCUCCUCUCCGCGAUCAGGUUUUACCCAACAGAGAGCCUGCUACUCCUGGCUUCUCUGGUCGCGGUAUCCCUGCAAACAACUUCCGGGGCGGUCCUCAUUCCGAUUUGGCUGCUCGACCUCAGCAGCUGCCGCAGCUGCAGCAGACGCAGGAGCCUGGCUCGUCGCAAAGCUACAAUCAAGUCUUCAACACGCAGCCGGGUGUUGUGAAGCCAUCCAUCUAUCGCAGCAACCAAGCUCCAAUCGGCACAGGUCGGUUGAAUCGGCAAGGCCUCAACAAUUGGCAGCCUGUUCAAGCCAGCUCUAGCUUGGAUCGGGAGGUUACUGGUUCUGUGGUCGCCAAUCCAAAGUUCGAAGAUUACGCCCCGCUUGGCGAGUUUCGACCUAUGAAUGCCGUCAAUCGGACAUUCUUUCGACCCGAGGAUGACCCCCAGCAGGAUCUCAAAGUGGCCCAGGGAGUGUCGGUCAACUACAAGGGCGACGCUACGAACCAGCGCAAUCUGUCGGAAGAUAUUGCAGAAUGGAAGAACGUUUCCUUCUUCCUCACCAAUCUCCCUCCUGAUGUUACAUAUAGCCAGCUCUUAAGCCAGAUCCGCGGCAUGGGACGUGUUUGGGCGACGGUCAUCAAUCCUCCCGACAAUUCCAAUCACCACACCUCGGCAGCCAAGCUGGUGUUUUUCGAACUCGCUGCGGCUCAGCGCUUCUACGCCUACUGUAGAAACCCGGCCCAGCGCCUCAUCAUCGGCGGCUAUGCGGUCAAAAUUGUUCGCAAUCGAAUCAAGAAGAGUGAGGAAGACGUCGGCGGCUACCACUCUCGGGUUCUAAUCGUCAUGGGUGACCUGGGAUUUGUCAACAAGGACAGACUGCUGCGUUAUUUCCGCUCCAAGCUCGAGUUCGAUCUUGAGGAAGUCAUUUGUCUUGUUCAAGACCCUCAGACUCGAAUGGGCGAGCUAGAAAUCCGAUUCGCCUGCUACCGCAACCAGGCCGAGUCCGCUCGUAAGGCACUCAGCACGGAGUACCCUCCUGGCGCCACCCUUCCUGGAGGCAGAAUAUCUCCGAUCUGGGAGCUCAGGUACGGCACCGACCCAUGCUCUGUCUGA